AUGGUCGACGCAAGCAAUCAUGAUAGCCACCUGAGGAGCGUUCCCAUCGGGCCGAGCCCAGAUUCUAACAAAAAGUACAUGUACAUGUUCAUGUGCGAUCGGUAUCUUAGCUAUAGCUACGUACAGUGGAUUCCCAUCCGGGAUUCUGAAAUGAGCACUCGUGCCCAGUUUGUUGAUCGUUCCAACGGUAGGGUGCUGAUUCUGAACGGGAAGGUUGUGUACUCGCCGAAUUACGUCGACCCACCUCAAUACUCUAUGCGUAUAGAGAAAAUUAGGCAAUGGUCUUCACUUGAACAGGAUCUAUCGCGUAUGUCACAUUAUUUGUCGACCUUGACAAAAUGCAACGUCCUAAAGCCUGUCGGACCUUGGGCAUUCGGUUACAGCAAAAGGCACACGUCGCGAGCUAACGCAAUUCAUGCACUUGAACGCUCCAGGGACUGGUUUGCUUUAUGGAUGGGCCUGUUAUCAUAUUUGAUUACCGUGGCUGAAACGAGAGGAAAAGAGUUGCAAGAGUACCCGGGCCUCUCAUCCUCAACUUGGGUUGAAUAUCUGUUGGAGAAACACUGUAAGGAGGCCUGGCUGGAGUCUUUUCUUUGUAGUGAAAUUUGUGACUAUACCAGAGGAAGCCGGGUGGGAGUAUUCAUUGACUUACAAUCUCUUGGAAAAGUCGACUGCCUGCAGCCUUCUGUUGAAUGGUUUUGCCAAUGGGGCAUUCCUGUCUGGUAUAUUUGGGACGGGGUAUAUGCCAAAGACCCAUCAAAGCAGUAUAUGGCACCUCUCUCUCACCAGCUCCAACUGUCCACCACAACAAUCGCACCACAGCCAUCAACAAUUCGAGAACGGAGCAAAGCAAACGAUGAGUUAUUUGCCUAUGCUUGGCAAGAAUUCUUCGAAUCUCGAGAAAAACGAAAUCAACAGCAAAUGGAGACAGAGACAAUGAUCAAACGCCGUUCUCGUGAAGAGAGGACCAAAAAUCCCCCGCAUAGUGCCAAAGUCUUUGUAUGGAAAGAGGCAGGUAAUUCGGGGAUAUAUGUCCGCGUUCCAGUAUCUCCUCAAGAGCGUGGUGAUGUAUUAGCUAUGUUCAGUGUUCAUCAAGUGCGCUAUGACUCUUUCGCCAAUGAAUACGACUGCUCGCAAUUUUUUGGACCCGGAGAUGAUUACAAUGAGGACAAUAUUGAGAAUAGAGAAAAUUCUUUGAACUUAGAAGUGACUGCCGCAGAGUUGUCUGAACGCUCAUGUACUCUUUUCCACGACGUUCAUGAUGCUCCAAAAAUCUCACUGAUUAUCCCUGGAUACGAUGACAACAAUGUCUCUGACUGGCUCCCACAUUAUGGCGAAGAGGGGGAAACCAUAGUCGACACCGCAGAAAGUGAAAUUCUCGAUAUCUUACGUCUUUACUUUGGCUAUACGUCACCCCUUCCACCUGUCCUGCUCUCGUCUGAUGCUCUUUGGUAUCAACCCCUUGGUCCCAAGCCUAUUAAACAAAGGCACCCGACACGACCCCCACACUACAAAUUCGAUGUAACCGAUUAUGCAGUAUAUAGAGAACGAUCUGCUCAAGUAUUACUGCAUAAUCCAGCCGGCCGAGCCGCGUUGAUGGCAGGAGGAUAUCAUUGGAGGAUUGCCGCCCCCAUUGUCAGUUUUGAGGUUGUCUUCAGCGGACCUGUUCCACAAUCUGGCAAGUACUUUACUGCCAAUGACUGCAACGGGGAUGUCUAUAUUGACAACAAAUUGACUGAAUUUGAAGAAGAGGUCCUCAGUGGCUUAUAUGAAUGUUACACUGGACAAGGAAAUACUAUUGCAAGAAAAUCAUGGCUCCCUUUGCACAGCAUAUAUCAACUUUCCGGUCAAGAUUACGGCCGUUGGACAGAAAAUUCUGAAGUUAUAUUUGACAUAUUUGACAAUCGAAAUUCAUCUGCCAUCAAAGGCCUCACAAACAUCCAACGUCAACCACAGUCUUCCAAUAAAUGGCGCGACGGAACGCGGGGCAGCGGACAACUUCGUCGAGGGAGGCAGCAGUUGGAGAAAUUGGCAUCCGAUUUAUUUUCAGCUCAUGAAUAA